UAUGUUAUAGCGAUUUUCAUAAGAAGAAAGUAAAAACCUUAAUCUCAAGUAAGAGGGUACAAAUUUGUGAUAGCAACCUUUUUUAGUUUUAUAUUUCUACUUCCACAGUAAGAAAGUAUUCUUCAAAGCUGAUGGGACUGUUCUUGAACUCCAAUAAGCCAUCAAGAAAUAGAUCGCUGAUGUAAUGAGUGUAGGAGUAUAUUAAUAAACAAAUAAUGAUGAAUAAGUUGAAUAUGCAUCCUCUACACCUAUGCAAUUGGUUUUGGCGGAAGAUAUGGUGUUAAGACUGAAUUAGACAGAAAGCUACAUAAUUCUCAAUAAAGUAGAUAAUCCACCAGUGAUUGAUUUGAUUGAUAACUAUCCUAUCACUUAACAUGCAUUACAUGAAUAUUUCUCAGAGAUUGAUGUACCUUAGAGAACAAAGGUUGUAUUGAGUAAUUUCAUUCAAAAAUUAUUGUCUGAGAUUGAGAAACAUAAGGAGUUGACUUAUGAUAAGGAUUUGAUAAUGUUGAUAAUAAAGAAGGUUAUAAUGAAAUUGGGUAUAUACUCUUAGGCAUAAAAACAAAUAAUUGAUGAUUAGAUUUCAUUUCUGGAAUGUAAAUAGAAUCGUUUAGCUCAUUUGAAGGAUUCUAUUAUAAAGGAAUUGGAAAUGAAAGAAUAAACAACUCUAUAUUAGAUAUACUUUUACAUUCUUAUGUAAAUAGCAUUUACUUAAUAUGGUACAUAUGUUGUAUGGGGAUGGGAUGUCAUGGAGCCUGUAACAUUUAUGCUUGGAGUUACUGACAUGAUAAUAGCCUAUUAAUUUUGGAUGAAAACAACUAAAGCUUAUACUUUUGGAAAUGUUUUAUAAAAUGCUGUUAAUAAACAUUUGAAUAAAAGACUGGCAGAAUAAUUUAAUUAUUCAGAUGAAUUAAAUGAUGUUAAUAGAAUGAUAGAAUAUUUGAAAUUUAAGUAGAUGGUUUACAGUAGUGAUAUUUAUGAGGUUAUAAGUGUUAUAGAGGGAGCUAUAGAAGAGAAAUAAGCUAAAUUAUAAGCAUAAGAGGAAGAAGAAUAAUGA